CGCGGACCCGAGACGGUCUUUGGGAGAGCUGGAGUCACGGCGAGGUUUCUGCCCCGCCGACCUCCUCUUUCCCAGUCGCCGCUGCCUCCGCAGGCCACCGAAGAAGCCUCCACUGCGGCUGCGGUCCCCUGGCGAGGUGAUGGCCAAGGUGUCGGUGCUGAACGUGGCUGUGCUGGAGAACCCGAGUCCUUUCCACAGUCCCUUCCGGUUCGAGAUCAGCUUCGAAUGCAGCGAGGCGCUGUCUGACGACCUGGAGUGGAAGAUCAUUUAUGUGGGCUCAGCCGAGAGUGAGGAAUUUGAUCAGAUCCUAGACUCAGUGCUGGUGGGUCCUGUCCCUGCUGGAAGGCACAUGUUCGUCUUUCAGGCUGAUGCCCCAAACCCAUCCCUCAUUCCUGAGACGGAUGCUGUGGGUGUGACUGUGGUCCUCAUCACCUGCACCUACCACGGGCAAGAGUUCAUCCGUGUGGGCUACUAUGUCAGCAAUGAGUACCCAAACCCAGAGCUUCGGGAGAGCCCACCCCCAAAGCCAGACUUCUCUCAGCUACAGCGGAACAUCUUGGUUUCUAACCCCCGGGUGACCCGAUUCCAUAUCAACUGGGACAACAACGCAGAUAGACUGGAGGCCAUAGAGAACCAGGACCCUAACCCAGACUUGGGCCUUCCCUUCAGUUGCACUCCUAUCAAAAGCCUGGGCCUCCCUAGCUGCAUCCCAGGCCUCCUCCCGGAGAACUCCAUGGACUGCAUCUGAUGGGGCCAGACUGGUACCAGUAGGAUGCUGGCCAGUCUCCUUGCACACCUGGGGGCACCUACAGGCUCUUGUGCGUGGUCAUCUCAAGGAUUUGGGGGCCACCGGCUGCCUCCAGACCUUUCAGCCUCAAAGAAAAUAUGGACCCCAGUCUCUCCCCUCAGGUCCGGAAGAAUCAUCUCACUUAUGACCCACCAGCCUCUAAGAAGCAGGUACUUAGAUGCUCAUUCUUUGUACCAUUUUUCCUCCUACACCGGCAGUUCCCAUGAGCUCUCUGAACAUCGCCUGCCUUGAGGCUUGUUUGGGCAAUGACUGGCUAGCCUUUGGCCAGAGGCUGUCACCCCUUCCCAAUCCAGUUCUUGGGGGGUCUCAGGCAAACUCAGUACCACCACUGUACUUCCAGGGUGUCAUUUAGUCUAACCACUACUAGAAAACUCCCAAAGGUAAGCUCCCCAGGCCAAGGAGGAAUGGUGGGUACUUUGGUCACAGCCACCUUCUCAUCUGGUGACUGAGCCUGGCUUUCUGAGAGGACUGCUCUGGGUAGGAGACAUGUUGGAGAUCCUGCUUCGUGGAGUCUGGCCCCAUGGACUCAUCAGGGUUUGCUUUGACUGUUGACAUGUUCUCAUGAGCUACCCAGUCCUCUGAGAUAAGGGAGGCAUUUGGCAGGCUGACCUAAGAAACUCCUAUUCCAUCUACCCCUACCCGGAGCCCUGGGUCCCCUUGCUGCUACAUGGAUGCUAUUGUGAUUGCAGUGUGUAUAUUAAAAUGCUUUUAUAUUCAAAGUUUUUGUUGGUUUAAAAAUAAAAGCACUUCAUCUAGA